AUGUCUCUAUGGAAGGCCCUCCUCAUCCUGAGGAACAGAGCUAUGGGCCAACAUUACAAUCUUGUUGCUGAUAAAGAUUUUCAGAUUGCUCCUGUCUUAGGAAAAGUCAAGGGUGGUGUUAAGAUAUAUGUUUCACCUCUGGUUCCUGUGGAACUGGAAUUUCCAACCAUGCAACCCAGUCUGAAGGUUCCUGUCACUGUCAACAUGAACUUGGGACCAGUCCUUAAAGAAGUAACCGUAUUCUUGUUUAUGAUGCUCUUGAUGGCCUUUGGAUGGCCCACGAUCUCUAUGAUAUUGUGGUUGAAAUCAAUGACACCAUUUUAUUUGACAAUUCAGGUAACAAGGUGGAUCUCUUCCAUCUACCUCUCGUUCUGCCACACCCCACUCCUCCGUCCAUUCUCACUCUCACUCACAUUCUCUAUCAACAUCUGGGGAUAUCAAAACUGGUGGUUUUGA